AGAAAUUGCUUCUAACCAACCUGGAGGUGUGGCGAAGGUUGUAUUGAAGAAGGGAAAGACCCAACUUUUCGGUAGGGGUGGAAGCUCAAUGGUUUACAGCGGCGCUGUUGACAGAAUUAUUGGUCGACCGCAUCCCAAGACGGGAGAUGUCGUCCUCGUGGCUGAUGGAACCCAGAAACCAAUUGGUUGGGGCUUUUACAACUCUGUCUCCAUGUUUUGUGUUCGCCUCAUGCAGCUAGAGGAUGAAGCUUCAAGAGAACUCUCCUGUGCACUAAAUGUUGAGGAACUGCUAGAAACCAGAAUUUUUGCUGCUGCUCAACUGCGCAACAGUUUAGGCCUACCUUCUCUCAAAACAAAUGCAUACCGUCUCAUUAAUAGUGAAGGGGAUAGACUGUCAGGCCUAAUUGUUGAUAUCUUUGGAGAUAUAGCUGUUGUUGCUUCAUCAGCUGCUUGGGUGGAGAAGUACCGGCCACUAGUAGAGUCUUGCAUCAGUCGGAUCAACGAAGUUAAACACAUAAGCUGGAGACCAUCGGUUGAAAUCCUCAAGGAAGAAGGCCUGGAUUAUUCUAGUUCAACGGUUGUAGAUCUUGUACGUCCUCCCCCAGAAAGGGUCAUGGAAAAUGGCAUUUCCUAUAUGGUAUCAAUGGAUGGCCAAAAGACGGGCUUUUAUGCUGAUCAGCGUGAUAACCGUUGGUUCAUUUCUACAAUUUCUGAAGGUCGUAGGGUUCUUGACAUUUGCUGCUACACUGGAGGGUUUGCUCUAAAUGCCGCGUUUGGGGGUGCAUCAGAUGUCACUGGUGUUGAUUCGUCAUUGCCUGCACUGGAUGUCGCCAAAGAGAACAUUGAUCUGAAUGGGAUGGGUUCUAGAAGGACUUCAUUUGUGAGACAAGAUGCAAGCGAGUUUAUGAAGGAUGCGCUUUCUAAACAUGAAAAAUGGGACAUAGUCGUUUUGGACCCUCCUAAAUUAGCACCUAGGAAAAAGGUUCUAAAAAGUGCAUCUGGAAUGUAUAGCAAUCUCAACUCACUUGCUAUGUUGUUAACAAAGAGAGGAGGUCUACUCAUGACAUGCUCCUGCUCUGGAGCAAUGACACAAAGUGGCAUGUUCCUAGAGAUUCUUCAGGGCGCUGCAGCAAAGGUUGGGAAGAAAAUCACAGUGGUGCGCAAGGCAGGAGCAGCCUGUGAUCAUCCUCUGGAUCCCGCAUAUCCGGAAGGAGAAUAUCUUACCAAUAUCUUGCUUAGGGUUGUAUAGGUUUCACUGCCCCAUUAUUUACUAUCACUCUAUCACAGAGAAUACUGAACCUCAUUUUAGGAUGUUUUUACUUGGACCGUAAUUUGUUGGUCUGCUCUGGUAUGGUUUCUUUGUAUUUUUAUAACUAUCCAAGUCUGGCCUGGUCUGGUGAAUUACAGUCCAAGUAAAAACAUCCUUAGUGCACAACAUAUUUUGUUUCAAUCUCUCUACGGUGUUGAGAAUGAACAAAAACGAAAUAUGACAUUUCAACAACAAACAGUCGGUAUUUCGAUGGCUUCUAGUUCACUAACAAAUUCAGUGUUUCCACCCAGCGUCCCAGCCUGCUAGUGGUAGAAAGCACAGGUCUCUUCUUUCCAUUGGAACUCUUAUCCCAAUGGUCAAUGGAGAAUUGGGGAUGACCUCUUGCGACAAUCCCACUUCUGAGAAUUACGCCAGGCUCUCCAUCCCCUAUCAAAAUGAAUCCUCUCUGCAAAACAUGCAUAUUUUCAAGGCUUGCACAUCAUAGGGUAGCACUGCACCGUAGCACAUUGCCUUGACAGCCUGUUUAGACUCAUAAAGAUGCAACAACAUUUUGCAUCUGUUUAGACUCACAGCCUGGGUUACACCUUCUUUAUUUGCCAUUCGCACAGACAAAAAAGUACAAAUACAAACACUUUUGAUAAAACUGUCGGUGUAAAAAAAAUGGUUUGCUGAUCUCCAGGCUGGUUGCACGAAAACCAAUGUCAGUGUACACAGAUAUUAGUUGUCUGUGUAGACAAAAAAAUGUCAAUGUGAAAAAAAUUGAUUUGCAGAUCUAUUAGGAGGGGGAGGGGGAGGGGGAGGGGGAGGAGGAGGCCCUGAAAUGAGGAGGGGAAGUGAAAUGUCCCUGAAAUUUCUGCAAUUGAAAUGAUUUAUUAGAUGAACAAAGAAGAAUUGUCCCUGAUGAAUUAUCUUACAAUUUUUCCCCGUACAACUUUGUCAACUUUCUAAUUUUUUUUAUUUAAAGUAACAAAUACGGAGUAUUGAUUACAAUUAUUCUAUAAAUUUUAAUUACACAGUUUUUAUUAUUUAAUUUUCAAGUAAAAGUCAUCUUUGCGGGAUGUGUAAACAUAGAGAUUUUGGUGUCAACUUUGAAAAGAAUCGACGUAACAUAAAAGAAAUGGAAAAAAAAAACCAAAAGAAAAAGGACAGGAAUAUAAAGUGGGAACUCAAAGUCUUACAAAGAAAGAAAAGAAAAUGUGGCAAAGCAGAAAACGAAAAAAUAGGAAUAAAGAAAAUUGGUUAAUCCCUACUCCAAAGUGGUCGUAUCCUUCUUGGCAUUAAGCGUCUGGUUUUUCUUUUAGGUAAUUCCAGCUCUAAUGCUUUUUAAUAUAUUUAUCUUGGAUUGCUUAAUGCACGCCUGGUGUUCGAUGAAAGGCCUUUGAGAAACAUCAUGGAGCAGCCAAAGUGGGAAGGGAAGGUAACAGCAAGGCUAGUAAAGGUCUCCGCCGACCAAAUAUGGCCGCUUUUCCAAGACUUUUUUGGCCUAAACAAAUGGUUCCCCGGCCUCUCGAUUUGCAACGGCAUUCAUGGCACCAACGGCACGCCCGGGUGCGUCCGUCACUGCACCGGCUUCUCCAUCCCAGCUGAGAACGGCAUCUCUGUCCCUGGCUGGUCCCAUGAAAGGCUAACGGCCAUUGAUCCCGUCAAUAAGAGCUUCAGCUAUGAGAUGGUGGACUCUAACAUUGGAUUUCAGUCCUAUGUUUCUACGGUGAAGAUUCUUCCCGACAGCGGCGGUGAGGGGUGCGUGGUAGAGUGGCGGUUCUCGGUGGAUCCAGUGGCAGGGAUGACGUUGGAGGAUCUAGUCAAGAAGUACAAUGUUGGGCUCCAGCUCAUGACGAAAAAGAUGGAGGAGUCUUUUGAGAUUUCAUAAACUUGGCUUCUGCUUUGCUGAUUUUGGUUCUAAACUUCUUCUAUCAAUUAAUUAAAUUUCAUUAUGCCUUCUCAGUUCUCACAGAAUUUCUAAUACGUUGAGUGAAUUAAUAUAUACAUAGAUGUUUAUAAUGGUUGAUGCUAAAGAGCAGAUUGUUUUUAUGUUAUACAUAACACACAUUUGUAUUCAAGUUGUUUAUGUUCAUCAA